AUGUACUAUUGUUUUACUUUUAUUAAAGGAGAUUUUAUACAAGGCACUAGACGGGAUACAUACGGGCACUUAACAAUUGUGAACAAUCCUGACAGAACAAUAUCAGUAUUAGAACCACGUGACUCUGGUGGAUGUCAGAAUCAAAUAAAAUCUACUGUCAUGAAAACAUCAACACAGAAAUCUUGUAUUGUUGCUGUAAAUGCUGGAUUCUUUGACCCCAGACCAGGCAAUGUUUGUUUAGGUAACAUAAUUAGCGACGGAAGAGUGGUUAUGGAGUCGCAAGGAGUACAGAACGUUCAUUUUGGAAUAACAAAUGAUGGAUCUUUACACUUUGGAUAUUUGUCAGAAACAGAAAUAGCAGACAACAAUUAUAAGCAGUUGAUUGGUGGUGUAUUUUGGUUGGUACGCGACGGACAACAUUACCUUAAAGAGAGUAUAAAUAUAGAAUGUCAAACUGAAGAACAGGCAGAAAUCAUGGAAAUGUAUGCCAAAACGAUACUAUCAGCAAGAUCAGCUAUUGGUCAUGAUAAGGAAGGACGCAUUCUGUUAAUGCAAAUUGAUGGACUCAACGAACAUAAAGGAAUGACUCUUUAUGAAUUUGCCGACUUACUUCUCGAUUAUGGAUUCGUACAAGCAAUUAACCUGGACGGAGGAGGAUCUACAACAUUAAUUAUCAAUGGAACAUUAGUUAAUCAUCCAACAGAUAAAUGUGAGAAUGAUACCAGAUUUACAUGUGCAAGAAAAGUUUCUACAAUUUUGUGUGUUCAUAGUGCCAAUUCUACAAGAUCAGCAGAAAAUGUUAAAUCCGAGUGUGAUUUUAGAACAAUUCCAAAUAUAUCCGAACACUGUAAAAGUAGUGCUAUUGGUUCAAAAAAUAUCAAACAGGAGGUGCAGUGUGACAGUGAUAAUCAGUGAAAAAAAAAACCAAAAGAACCUUAACUUUAAUAAAAAGCUGUGGAAAGACUCAUGUUUUGCUUUCAGGUACUAUUUGAAUAAUAAUUCAGUUUGCUGGCUCUUGUUGUUCAAGCACAUUUUCGUUUAGAUAGAAACAUAUGUGUAGAAAUUGAAUUGAGAGCAAUUCUAUUUUUCUGGCAGAUUUUUUGUUUACUUUAA